AUGCUGGGACCAACUCUGAUGGGACAACUGACGAAUGCAUGCCAGAUUCGGCAAGCUGCCAUCCGUCUGCCAUAUCUGGCUGUCGCCAAGGGGCCCGGCAGCUACAACGAUCCCUUGGCGACGGCCGAUGUCGAUGUCGAGGCGGACCCUCCUGAGCAUGUCAGAGCCGGGGCCGUACAUUGCGGCGCGGCCACUGCUGCAAGGAGGGAGAAUGACAAAAAGAAAGAGCCCUUGAUUACGGGCUUUGGCGAUCCUGGUUCUUCUGCUUUUAGCAUGGUGACCGAGCAUCGCCAUGUCGAACUGGCCGUGAGUGCAGCCGAGUCCGGCUGA